UGUGUGUUGUGGAGUCAGAUGUCAUUAAUGUGAAGGAAGUGGUGGGAGGACAUGUCAUGUUCGGCUGCUCGUUCACGUUGGCAGGGAACAACAACAAAUACUUCUGCAAGGGGACAUGUUCUGGUAGAGACAUUCUGGUUGAAACUAAGAGGAGCAAGACUGUAUCUCAAGGUAGAUACAGUAUAGAAGACAACAGAGAUGGAGUCUUCUAUGUGACCAUCAAGAACCUGAGGAAGUCAGACUCUGGGACCUACUGGUGUGGUGUGGAACGAACGAUAAAGGACACAUUCCAAGAUGUGAAUCUCACAGUUACAGGUGCUCCUCCCACUUCUACAACCUCAACUGUCACCUCCCGACGCCAUGUCUCCACAACCCUCCCAGACCUCUCUACAACAUCCUCUAAUCUCUCCACAACCCUCCCAGACCUCUCUACAACAUCCCCAAACACCUCCUCAACCAUCCCAAACCUCUCUACAACAUCCCCAAACACCUCCUCAACCCUCCCAAACCACGUCAGUGGUCGCCUAUCAAGAGAUGGUCUGAUGGUGUGGACCAGUGCUGGUCUGGUAGUCAUGGUGACAGUGUUAGGACUGGUCCUGCUCCUGUUCUACAGACAGAGGAGAGGAACCAGGAGAACACCCCCACCACCACCACCACCAGUCUCAUCCAACACUCAACCUGCCCCUACUGGAGAGGUUGACUGUGUGUACGAGGAGAUCAGAGAGGCAGACAGACAGACAGACACACUUCCUGUGGUCAUCUCUGUAGUCUACUCUACUGUCAAAUCACCUACCAACUCUACAACCCACCCUGCUGGUCAUUCCUCUACAACCCACCCUGCUGGCCAAGCCUCUACAACCUACCCUGCUGGCCAAGCCUCUACAACCUACCCUGCUAGCUCUGCCACAGAUCACCCAGCUUCUCUCAUCUACUCCAGUGGGGAUCUACCUACAGAUUCUAGAGUCUCUUCAAGUCCUCCAACAGCCAGUGGAACCCAGGAUGAUUCCAUCUAUUCUACUGCCCAGCUACCCAAAGAUACUGUAGAAUCUACAAGAUACCCUGCUGUACACCUCUCUAAAGACACUCCAGAAGACGCCCUCUACUCUACAGCCCAGCUACCCAAAGAUACUGUAGAAUCUACAAGAUACCCUGCUGUACACCUCUCUAAAGACACCCCAGAAGACGCCAUCUACUCUACAGCUCAGCUACCCAAAAUAAUGUAGCACUACAGAAUAUAUACAAGGGAUGUGUCCCAAAUGACACCCUAUUAUCUAUCCCCCAUAUGGACUCUGGUCAAAGGCAGUGCUCUAUAGAGAACAAGUUGCCAUCUGGGAUGAAGGGAAGCUCCCUGUAGAGAGAUAAAGGGUUGUCACCACAGAGCCACCAUCUUGGAACGACAUAAAAAAAACAAUCCCUUUCCUGUUUCAAAUCCUCCUUGACACAUUGUAUUAAAACAGCUCAUGUGGUUUUACUGUAUAUAAUCUAUAUAAAAUAUGAUUUUGUGAAAGUCAACCAA